GACCCAGUCAGGUCCUCGUCCUCUCCCCACACCCGUCAGAAGCCUGGGUUGGGGAAGAAGUGAGUCCCGAGCUGUGCACCCCACCCCCAGCCCUGCGGGGCUUCCUGCCAGCCGCACGCCGUCCCUCCCCACCCCUCCCCAUCAGCUUCCUUCGGGAGCCCUCAAAGCCACACUUGCUCCCGGGUCUCAGGAAGGCGACCUAGAGGGAGGGGCAGGGAGAAGGGGGUCCGAGGCUCUCGGCCCCAACCCCCUCCCUUCCUGAAGCCUCGGGUGCCCAAAGGCGCCGGCCGCGCGUCCAAGCCCGACGGGCCUCUCCCACUGAGUCGGCUCCGGUCUCCCCGCCCCUGAGCCGCGCGGGCUGGAAGGAGCCGGCUGCUUUGCGCCGAGUGGGCCCUGGGGUCGCCUGUGGCAGCCUCUCUUCCGCCCGGCGGUACGCACCGGUCAGGUCCGGCGCGAGCUGCGCCCUUCAGUAGUGGGUAUGGCCCCAUCCCCGAGAUGAGGAGGGAGAGAACCAGGGGCCCCCGGGCCUGGGAAUUUCCGUCCCCCGCCAAGUCCGGAUGCCCGCUCCAAAGACUCAGCAGGGACCUGUGGGAGCUCAGGGAGGGAGAGAGGCCAGAAGACCAGGCAGAGGGUGAAGAGAUCUGGCAAGGCCUGGCUAGAAAAACUCCAGGCAAGGCCCUUGCCCCUGAGGGAGGAAGCUGUCAGCCAGACAAAACCGAGAACACCAUCGCCAUGACAACCAGUCACCAGCCUCAGGACAGGUAAGGGCUGUCCUGGCUUAUCUUCUUCAUGCUUGGUCUGGGAACACUGCUCCCGUAAUUUUUCAUGACGGCCACUCAGUUAUUCACAAGCCGCCUGGACAUGCCCCAGAAUGUGUCCUUGGGCUCUGCUGAACUGGCAAGGACGCCCAGGGCAUUAGCUGCCCCUGCAGCACCCUUGCCUGAGAGGACCUCUCUCAGUGCUCUUCACAAUGUCAUGACCCUGUGUGCCAUGCUGCCUCUGCUUCUCUUCACCUGCCUCAACUCCUUCCUCCACCAGAGGAUCCCCCAGUCCGUACUCCUUGGCAGCCUGGUGGCCAUCCUGCUGGUGUUCCUGAUCACUGCCAUCCUGGUGAAAGUGCAGCUGGAUCCUCUGCCCUUCUUUGUCAUCACCAUGAUCAAGAUCAUGCUCAUUAACUCAUUUGGUGCCAUCCUGCAGGGCAGCCUGUUUGGUCUGGCUGGCCUCCUGCCUGCCAGCUACACAGCCCCCAUCAUGAGUGGCCAGGGCCUAGCAGGCUUCUUCGCCUCCGUGGCCAUGAUCUGCGCUAUUGCCAGUGGCUCGGAGUUAUCAGAAAGUGCCUUCGGUUACUUUAUCACAGCCUGCGCGGUCAUCAUUUUGAACAUCAUCUGUUACCUGGGCCUGCCCCGCCUGGAAUUCUACCGCUACUACCAGCAGCUCAAGCUCGAAGGGCCCGGGGAGCAGGAGACCAAGUUGGACCUCAUUAGUAAAGGAGAGGAGCCAAGAGCAGGCAAAGAGGAGUCUGGAGUUUCAGUAUCCCACUCUCAGGCCACCAACGAAAGCCACUCUAUAAAAGCCAUCCUAAAAAUGUACAUCUCAGUCCUGGCUUUCUCUGUCUGCUUCAUCUUCACUAUCACCAUUGGGAUGUUUCCAGCCGUGGCUGUUGAGGUCAAGUCCAGCAUUGCAGGCACCAGCGCCUGGGAACAUUACUUCAUUCCUGUGUCCUGUUUCUUGACUUUCAAUAUGUUUGACUGGUUGGGCCGGAGCCUCACGGCUGUAUUCAUGUGGCCUGGGAAGGACAGCCGCUGGCUGCCAAGCCUGGUGCUGGCCCGGCUGGUGUUUGUGCCGCUGCUGCUGCUGUGCAACAUCAAGCACCGCCGCUACCUGACUGUGGUCUUCGAGCACGAUGCCUGGUUCAUCUUCUUCAUGGCUGCCUUCGCCUUCUCCAACGGCUACCUCGCCAGCCUCUGCAUGUGCUUUGGGCCCAAGAAAGUAAAGCCAGCUGAGGCGGAGACUGCAGGAGCCAUCAUGGCCUUCUUCCUGUGUCUGGGCCUGGCUGGGGCUGUCUUCUCCUUCCUGUUCCGGGCAAUUGUGUGACCAAGGAUGGACAGAAGGACUGCUUGCUUCCCUGCCUCCUGCCCCUUCCUUCUGCCAGGGUUGGGCCCGAAUGAUCUGGAGGUUUUUUUUCUUCUAGCUGACUUCUGCUUCCCACGGCUUGUGCUGGGCCCAGAUGUCCAGGCCCUGGGACAGUGGGAUGGACAGUGGGGACAUUGUGGGCUUGGGGCUCAGAGUCAAGGGAUGGGGUGCAGCCUCGGCAUCUGCUUGAGUUUCUCCAUACUUGGCUCUGACUGAUCCCUGUGCAGGUCAGUGGAGGCUCUUGGGCUCGGAGAACACGUGUUUGUGUGUGUGUGUCUGUGUCUGUCAGACUGUCUGUCUGUCCCAGGGGUGGCUAGAAGCUGGGUCUGGCCGUUGUAUAGUCCGAUCUGAGAUGCCCCCUCCCUCCUUUCUGCCCCAUGUUCUCUCCAUGUCCCCCUCCCAGCUCCCCAUGCCCAGUUCCUACCCAUCAUGCACCGUGUACAGUUGCCAUGUUACUGCCUUUUAAAAAUAUUUGACAGAUACCAGGUGCCUUCAGAGGCUCUCUGAUUAAGUAAACCUUUUUUGUUUUUUUC